CCUAAUCUCAAUGUGGACAAGAUAAGCCGUAUUAGUGACGUCAUUUCCACACUUGGGCAGCCCUCGGGACAGACUGUGGUGUGGUGGGAGGAGCUGACGACCAGAAACGUUCCACUUCCUGUGACUUCCACGAACAUUCCAACAGCUCCGUCCCAGCGAAUAGCAGCCGAGCAAGACCGGAGAUUCUCCUUCGUAAAAUCGUACAGUGCAGUGAAUUCGACUCGUAGACGAAGAUCCGAUAGCAGAGAAUGUACUCUCUAGACCUUGAGUUGAACCAGCAACAGUAGUGACUCGUACUAACUGGCAACAACAGUCAAAGUGGUGACUCAUACUGACAGGCAAGUGGCAACAACAACCACAGGGGUGACUGGUGCUAGCAGGCAACAACAGUUGUGACGAGUCAUACAUACGCGGAUUUCGUCAGUCCUCUGAGCUCCUGAAGAACAGUCUAUAAGUCGGUGUCGUUACCCGAAGUGUUUAUACUCUUGUGCAUGAGUGCCACAUUACACAGUGAAUUCUCGCAAGGUGCCUGAACUCGCCAGAGCUGUUGCUAUUUGACGAUAAGACUUAAAGAAAAAAAGGAGAGUAUGGAACGAGACACUCCACCUCCAGUUCCAGAAUGCACAUUCACAGAAGUACAUUCUGGGAUGAAGCUCUAUGCAUUAGAAAAAAAGCUCCUUGUUUCCUACGAACCCAAAAUCAAAAUCAUGACAAUUGGGAGUGAAAAUGACCUAGAGACUAAAACCAUCAUGCUCCUUGGUGCUACAGGAGCUGGAAAAACCUGCCUGAUCAAUGCACUGGUCAAUCACAUUUUGGGCGUCAAAUUUGAGGACAACUUCAGAUACGUGCUAAAAGAUGAGACGGGCGACUCCGCCAAGAAACUGGCAGAAAGUCAGACAGAGUAUGUUGUUGGCUAUUUGGUGUUUGCACUUCCUGGCUCCAACUGUCAGUGCAACUACCUCAUAGUCGACACUCCAGGUUUUAAAGAUUCCAGAGGCCAAGAGAAAGAUGCGGAAGUCACUCACCAACUGAGAACGUUCUUACACGAUGUUGACGGAGUGGACGAACUGAACUUGAUAGGUUUCGUAGUGAAUGGGACCACCGCUAGACUUCAGGACCAAUUCAGUGAGAUCAUCGAGACGUUUUGUGAAAUGUUUGGUGAGAAUGCAAAGGGCAUCAUCCGAAUUCUGAUUACCUUCUGUCACAUGAAGAAACCCCCGGUCCUUAACGUGUUAGAAUGCUCGUGUUUAAGAGAUUAUAAAACGUAUCAGUUUGACAACAUAGCUCUGAGGGAAUGUAACACACCUAAUGAUGAAAACUCACAAGAGGACGUAGACAUGUAUAAGAUAUACUGGAAUAACACAGCACGCAUCUAUGACUCCAUUUUCAGUGAAGUGGAUCAUUUGAAUGCCGUGAGUCUGACUGUCACCAGAGAAGCCUUGGAAGACAUUGAACGUCUGAGUGAAAUCCUUGACAAAAUGAAGACCUCUGUGGAGUCCUAUCUUGACCGCAAGGUUGAGCUCCGAGCUCUGGAAAAGCAGAGCUCUGCGUAUCGGGCGAUCAUGGACGUCAACAAAGACUGGAAGGGGACCGUGAGUGUGACAGUCAGGGAAAGACUCAAACCUCGCCACCAGUUACGGCGUUUGAGGACACACACGCAUCGCUUGGAAGAGAGACCCGUCAUUCAUGAGGACAAGAAAGCCGCUUACGAGGACGCCGAGAGAAAGGAGGCCUCAGUGCAACAGGACGUGACAAAUCUCGCCGACCAAAUCCACAUUACGAGAACCGCCAUCGAGGGAGAAGUUUCGGACGUCGUCUCCCAGUCGGCAAAAAUCAGCUCGGUCUCUUUGCAAAGCUGUCAUCACUCGCCAGUGAAUUAUAUCGAAGCGACUCUUAAUCUGGUCAAAGUGGAAAGGCUACAGCAAAGCAGCCAAUCUGACGAGCAACUAGGAUAUGUUAUUCCAAUUUUGGACGAACUCAAAGAACAUCUUUUACAUCAUCAUAGUCUUUAAAAGAGUUCUAACAUUUAGAUUUGUGCGUUUCCUUAGGAAAACUGUUAUAGUAGAUCCACAUCAACCGUGCAUUUGAUGUCUAGGCCAGUCCCUUACGACGCUCCUGAUUGGCUGUUGAUAAGCCAAUCACAGGUCUGGAAACUCUCAGUCUCUCUCCAGAGUUCACAUAGGCAGGAUGUAUGUUCUACUUAUCCUGAAUGACGUAUACCUCAGGAGAGGUGCAGAUCCCACCCAUCUGAACUCUCGAGAAAGACCGAGUUUCCAUCUCUGUGAUUGGCUUAUCAACAGCCAAUCAGGAAGGUCGUAAGGGACUGGCCUAGACAUCAAAUGCACGGUUGAUGUGAAUCUACUAUAGUCGUUAUUUAGUAAUAAAAUAUAUUGAACACUCUAUGUUUAGUAACUGCAAACUACUCUGUGUGUUAUUUUUAAGUAAGCUCACAUCACUGAACAUUGUUAUUUUUCUAACAAAUGUCAGUUUAUUUUUUUACUGUAAUUUGUUUGCUGGCGAAGAAACUAAAUAAGAGCUUAACCACCUGAGCAAGAGUAUUUAUCAACUUGCUUUCUACUGAGUAUAGGAUAAGACUAAGGCACAACAUCCGGUGUCAGAACUUCAUCAACAGUUCACACUGACGCAUCUGCCGAACACUUCCUUUGUAAGUGAAGAGUCUAGUACUUAUAAAUAUAAAUACACAUGGCAGUGCAAGUUGACAAAGAAAAAGUUCAAACGUGGCCCUAUGUGGGUGAACUACCUGACAGAAAUUUGCUAUCUAUAUAUCUAUAUUGACUAUUUCUUGCUAAUAAAUGGAAUAAAUGAUG